AUGUCUAGACAAAGCUGCAGUUGUUUGGGAUCCUUCCUCAGCUGCCUGCCCUUGCUGUCUGUUUACUUGUUCUGGACUGCAUGUCUCCUGAGCACAGAAUUGAAGACGACGUUCGGGAUACAGGUGACAUCAACAAGCCCGCAGAUCAUCCAGAAGGCUGAGGGAGGGAGUGUGACUUUGGGCUGCAUAUACACGCUGAGCCCCUCUGACAUUGGAGAACUGGACAUUGAGUGGUCCGUGGUCAGUCCAGACACUACGCAGAAAGAUCUGAUGCUCAUUUCCUACACCAGUGGCACUAAAUACCACCACAGUGACAAUCCUCUUGCAAAAGGCCUCGACUUUGCUGCUCCAGACCCGUCACAGGGAGACGCUUCGCUCUCAAUCCCUCUGCUGUCAGCUACUCACAGCGCAACCUACCAGUGUAAAGUGAGGAAGUCACCUGGAGUGGACAUGCACAAGGUGUCACUGGUAGUCAUGGCCAAGCCGUCUGUGCCUAAAUGCUGGGCGGAGGGAGGGGAGCUGGUUGGCGAAGCUGUGUCUCUGCACUGCAAGUCUGCAAAAGGCUCCACUCCCUUAAAAUACACGUGGAGGAGAGAAAGUGGAGGCCCCAUCCCUGCUGCAGCCACACAGAACAGCGUGACUGGAGAACUGAGAAUCAGCAACCACUCUGAGAGCUUUGCUGGGAUCUACCUUUGUGAGGUGAACAAUGCUGUUGGAGCUGAACACUGCAGGAUCAACCUGAGAGCGAACAAAUCUCCAAACAGAGCGGCGGUGAUCGUCGGCACCAUCGUGGGCUCUCUACUUCUCAUCUUCAUCCUGCUGGUCCUCAUCGUGCUGUUACUGUGGAAGCUGAGCAGCAGACAUCGCCAUGAAAAGGAGUUUUCCAAUGAGAUCAGGGAGGAUGCUCCUCCACCUGAAAGCCGCCCUGUGAGUCGUCAUACUAGCCGGAGCACCAGUCAGCAGCCACAUGUCUCUUACAGUCAGGUUGAGGGGAGUGAGGCCAGCUCCUUCAACGAAGCAUUCACAUUCACCCCCUCCAACAGCAGCCAAGGACACACACCAGACAAAUGCACACCAGUCAAGUAUGACAGCAAGUAUGGAUACGCAGUCUGA